UGUUAUCAUUGAGGUUGCUAUUUACUUGUAGUGUUGAUAUGUUGACGUCCCGCACAGUUAAUAAAUAAUGUGAUUUGUGUGUUCCUUCUUUUUGUGCCUUGAAUAACGCACUCUGGAUAUGUUAAGAAAAACGAGGGGUCGGUAAUGGAGAACGUUGGUGAUAUGGUAGGAGAUAGCCCAAAGACAAGUAUUCACUGCGAUUCCUGUAUGGAUAACGAGAAGUUACUGGCACACAUUAGAGAUACGAUGAGGCAAGAGAUGGCCAUAUUAUCGGAUCAGUUUCAAGUGCUCUUCAAUGAGUUUGAGGAACAGAAGCAGCUGCUAAGACAGAUUGUAGGCCGAGAGAGCUCCUCCAGCCUAGGCGAUGGCGAUGAAUCUCCAUUUAGGACAGCGGUUCGACCUCCACGUCGCAAACCCAAGCAACCGAAAUAUCAAUAAAGUAUUCUCAAGUUUUUUUCGACACACACAUACACAAAAAAAAGACACCCGGCCGUUUAACGGCAAACCCAAGACUUUUCAAUAAUUGAAAAUAUUGUUUAAUUAUGUUUAAUGCCACAUAUCCAUUGUCAUACCAAGAAUUUAGAAUUAUUUAUUCCGCACAUAAUAUAAAUGUUCCAAUUCCACACAAUCACAAUAUAAAUGUUUAAUUUCGAAUCAUGCAAAUAAUGUUUAAUAUUAAAUGCACAUUAUCAUUGCAUAUGCAAAUGGGAUUUUUCUUUUGUUAUACAUUUUCGAAUUUCAAAAUCAUAAUAUAAAUGUUUAAUAUUCAAUAUGUCUAAUAUAUUUAUAUUUUCCAAUAUAAAAUGCACAUUAUCAUUGGCUAUUAUUAUUUCCUUUUUAACAUAUAAUAAACGA